AUGGCCACAACGGCAGCGUGGGCGGGAAGGAGCGCGGCCACGGGCGGCGGCAGGCAGGGGAGGAGCGCGGGCGGCGCCACCGCCGGGCAGGCAGGGGAGGAGCGCGGCCACCGCCACGGGCGGCGGGGCGCGGGCGCGGCCACGGCUACGACGGCAGCGGGGCAGGGGGACCGCGGCCACACGGCGGUGCGAGCAGGCCACAGCGGGGGAGGAGCGCGGGCGUGGCCACGGCGGCGGGGCGCAAGCGCGGCCACUGCUACAACGGCGGCGGGGCGGGGCGAGCAUGCCACGGCCACGGCAGCGAGUAGGCCACGGGCGGCGGCGCGUGGCCAUGACCAUGGCGGCGAGCUGGAUACGGGCGCGUGUGGUUAA